AUGGCCGACCAGGUGCAGGAGAUCCUCGACGUUCCUAGGGAGUUCGUCCGGGACGGCAUCCAGUUCAUCAACAAGUCGCAGAAGCCCGACCGACGCGAAUUCAUCCAGAUCUCAAAGGCUGUCGGUGUCGGCUUUCUGAUCAUGGGAGCGGUCGGCUACGUCGUGAAGCUCAUCCAUAUCCCCCUGAACCAGGUGCUCGUCGGCGGCGCAUAA